GCUGACGGGCACCGUGCGGCGGGCGCGGAGCCGGACCCGGCGGGAGCGGCGGCACCACCAGCGGCAGCAGCGGCGCGGGGCGUCGGUAUCGCUCGGCUCUGGCUCUGGCGCGGCGUCUCCUCCACCCCCUCGUGAGCCUGGGGAACCUGCAGCUCAAAGCCGCCGCCAGCCACACCACCAUGUACUCCGGCAACAAGCGGAAAAAGCUCUGGCGGGAGGAGAAAGAGCGUCUGCUGAAGAUGACCUUGGAAGAAAGACGCAAGGAGUACCCGGGGGACUACGUUGCACUGAAAGCUAUUCCAACGUGGAUGGAAGACUUGAAAAGCAAGAGUGAAAGUGAUGGUGAAACCCCCAAAGAAGACGUGCAGGGGAAGAAAAGUCUGAGUGAGAAAGUUUCUCUCUACAGAGGGGACAUCACACUGCUGGAGGUCGAUGCCAUCGUUAAUGCUGCUAAUUCCAGCCUUCUUGGAGGCGGAGGAGUGGAUGGCUGCAUACACAGAGCUGCUGGGCCCUGCUUGGUUGCUGAGUGUCGGAACCUGAGCGGGUGCGAGACUGGACAGGCCAAAAUCACCGGUGGCUACGACCUGCCUGCCAAAUGUAAGUCACCCUUUCCUCACAGCGUUCCUUCUCAGCACGUGCUGCUGCUGGAGCCUCCAUCUCCCUCUGGUCUAAUUCAACGAG